AUGAUAGAUGAAGAUAGGGCCGUGAAUGUUGUCUAUAUGGACUUUAGUAAGGCCUUUGACAACGUCCUGCAUGACAGGCUAGUCAUGAAGGUUUCUCAGCAAAAAUGUCCUCCAGGUAAAUACAAGGUUUCAUCAUCAUCAUAUUCAAGCAAGAGCCAGAUACAAUGUGCUCCCUGCGAGGAAGGAACAUACACUGAGAAAGAGAAUUCCCUGAAAGAAUGUCGCAAGUGUUAUGGACCUUGUACAGGUAACAGUAUCGAGACCGUUCAGUGCAGUCCUACAACAAAUCGCAAAUGCGAAUGUGAUUCCCAUUAUUACUGUAUUACUGAUGACCCAGCUAAGUGUGAACAUUGUAAGGUGUGUGGUGAUAAGAAGCCAAUGCUAUCAGAUAAAGAAGAUUAUUAUAAACGGACAUGCCAACCUUGUCCUCCAGGGACUUUUCUGAAUACCACACAGAAACUGAAAUGUCAGCCUCACACCAAUUGUACAGCCUUGGGAAAAAUCCUUCACACUAAAGGUAAUAGCACAGCUGACAACUACUGUGUUGAAUUGCUAUCCACAAGAGGAGGAAAUGUUUCCUGCAUCACUAAAAAUGACAAGAAAUGCCAAUGCCCCCUUGGUUAUUACUGUGCAGUAUGCGGAGAUGGGAAAAAUCUUCCUUUAGAUAAGCAACACUACCAGAAGGCGAUUUGUAAGCCCUGUCCUCCAGGAAGCUUUCGGAAUAACACACAAAGACUGAAAUGUCAGCCUCACACCAAUUGCACACUGUUGGGGAUGACUGUCUACAUUGAAGGUAACAGCACAGUUGAUAACUAUUGUACCGAUCCACCUCUCCUACCGAACAUUGAACCGUGGAAAAAAAGAAACUCUUUAACUUCUUUCAUGGUUUGGAUUCUGAUUUCUUUGGCCAUUCUUUGUGUCAUCAUAACAGUGAGAUCAUCACUGUGCAAGGUAUCAAAGAAGCAAGGAAUUGGAAUGCUGGUGAAGCUGAAGUUUAUUUGCAUCUGUGGCGUCAAAGGUGAUAUUUACAAAGGGAGCGAUGACGAAGCAGAAAUAAAUGCAGGAACUUUGCCAGAAGCUGAGGAGCAACACGUGAAUGGAAUUAACUCUGAUUCAAAAUCUGCGACAGCAAUGAUGCCACUGCUAAGCAACAAAAUGACUGAAGCUCCUACAUACAAAUAUGACAUUCUCGACAUCGAGACAGUGUCAGCUGUUGUUGACCCUAAAGUCAGUACAGAGGACAGUAUUCCAUUUCCAGUCCAAGAAAACGGGAGAAACUCAAACACCUAUUAUCCCAUAGAGGAGCAGAAUCAGAAGCAAUAUAAUGAGCCUGUAACUAUGGGAAACAAAAACAGCGCACAAACAAGCCAAUACUUCGAAAGCAAUAAAUAGUGACUGUGUCACAUUUCUGUCCAAACUCAGCUUCCUGCAGAACACACAAGUUGGUAUUAUCAAUGGGAGGUGGUUUUUAAAGGUGCACAUGGCCAUUGAGUUGAUGUCUUUGUCAUGAGGAACCUGUUCAGCAGGAAGCGAGGAGAUGUGUCUGAGGGCUGUUUGGAACCAAAGCGUUUUUUUUUGGUGUUUGAUUACAUGAAAACAACUAAAUCAAUGAGAACACUCAUCUCAGAUACACACACCAGAAUAUUUUAACUUAGCAGAGAUCUUCCUUAAGUAAAUCAUCCAUUCCAAAUGUGGAUCCAUGGCAGAAAGGUGGACGUCUCCUUUAUUGUGGAUUUGCAAAGCAGACCAGACUUGAAUAUAAACCUCCAAAGAUCUGUUGGUCUCAGGUUGUAUUUUUAAACAAUUCACAGAAUGCCUACAGUACAGAAGCAGGCCAUUCAAUCAUCAACUCCAUAUCUAUUGGGUUUCCUAGGGAUCAGUGGUUAAAGAAACAAAUUUUAAAACUUCCUCUUCAAAAUAAACAGGGUUUAUGGAAAAAAACUAGCCAUUAGCCAAUUAAACUAGACAAACCUCUCUUCACAUUUUUGAGAUUCUGAGUCUGCAACAUGUUAAAAUGAGAAUUAUUGGAGGUGAUAAUCAGCUCAUUGGUAAAGAUCCCAUUUUAAGAGGAGUUAGAAAAUCCCCCAGUGCCUUCAGUGAAAAGUCUAAGCUGGUGCAGUGCUGAGGGAGUCCUAUACUGUCACAAGGGUCUUUUUGGAUAUGAUUAUAAACUGAGCCUAUGCUUGCCUCCUUAGGUGGGCGUGAAAGAAUUCACAGUUUCAAACAAAAAGGAGAGCUAUAUUGAGCGUCCUUCUCGAUAAUUGUGGCCACAAUCACUGCUUAAGAGAUCAGCGGUGUGUAAAUUGGCUGCUCCAUUUAAUCAAGUCACAACUGGUUAUUUAUUAAGAUUGCUGAUUAUAGAACCUAGUUCACAAAGUGUCAGGUACAGCUGUGCUUUUCGCAAGAGUAGCUGCACUCCCAAAUAAAUCAUAGAUGAGAAGCUCUCUCAGGUUUUUGAGACACACACAGCAAUGUUAUAUCAAUGCACGUUCACAUUUUUUCCUGCGAAGUUGUUUGUGCUGUGUCCUGUGCUUAUAGAUUUUCAGAGGUUUAAAUACAGGAAAAUAAUUUAAAUGCAACAUUUAAUCUAACAGAGGCUGUGAUCUUAGCAGCUCCAGGAAUUUUGUCCUUUAGAUUUGUGUAACUUAAACUGUGUUGGUAUCCAGCUAUUGCAGCAACUGGAGCUUUCCUCUACAGAAUAAGCAAUAUUCUUUUAAAGUACUAACACACUUUAGAAGCUUGUCUUUAUAAAACACUGCUCAUAUUGUAUAAUGCAUUCUCAAAUAUUAUUACUGCUGUACAUUGAACAUAAAUAAAAUCAAUUGCAUUCUUUGCCUAGUUCAGUCUCCUUCUGCACAGUAUCAAGCAGCGUCUUACAGGAUUACUCUUAGUGUUAAGUCUGUAUGAUUACUGCAGAGUUAAGCAGGCUACUUGGGGGAGAGGGGCAGUUUCUGUUAGAUCAGAGGAGAUGUGGUGAAUUGAAGGAAGGAUUUAGAAGUGUAAGAGACCCAGACCCCAGCUGGAGCAUUGUGUACAGUUAUGGGCACCACAUUAUAGGAAGGAUGUGAAUGCAUUGGAGAGAGCGCAGAAGUGAUUUAGAGAAUGGUCCCAGGAAUGAGAAACUUCAGCAAUGAAGAUAGAGUGAGGAAAUUGGGACUGUUUUUCUUGAAAAGAAAACUGAGAGGAGAUUUGAUAGAGGUUUUCAAAAUCAUGAGCGGGGCUGAACAGAGUCAAUAGAGAGAAACUGUUCCUGCUCAUAAAAGAAAUUAGAACGAGAGGGCAUAAAUUUAACAUGAUGUGCAAAAGAAGCAAGGGUGAUGUGAGGAAACACUUUUUCACACAGUCUGGAAAUGUGGUAGAGGCAGGUCCAAUUGAGGUACACGUGGAUAUGGAGUAAAAGCAGGACUAGGUAAUGCUGCUCAUUGGAAGAGUCACUAUAGGCACGAUGGGCAGAAUGGCCUUCUUCUGUGAUUCUGGGAGGAGACAAUAAAUCUUUCUGGUUAUAAGAAGGGGAAGGGGGCAUGGACACAAGAUUAAAUCCAAGAGAUUUAGAAGCAAGAGAAAGAACAGGUUCUUCUUUUACACAAAAUAUGGAGAGGUAGAGAAAACACUGUCAGAAAGUUACUGAAACUGAGUGUCAGCAUCAAUGAUUAGGUUUUAUAGGUGCCUCGGGGGAAGAAAAUGCACUGUGUGGCCAGAUGGGAUUGGGACCACAGAUUGUACCAAAUUAACACUAACACAGAUGGAUUAAACCAAUUCCCCCUAUUUCCCAGGUAGUAAUCUUCACAUAAGUAUAAUCAAGCAUUGUCAGACAGAACCUGUGAUGCAAUUACAUCAUUUGGGUCAACCAAAAUUUUGCAGAUGGAGCAUCAAGCACCAUUCAGUAUGAUCAUCCCUCUCAGUCCCCCGUUCCUGCUUUCUCACAAUACACUUUGAUCUCUUUAGCCCUAAGAACUAUAUCUAACUCCUUCUUAGAGAAUUCCACAGGCUCAGCACUCCCUGGGUGAAGAAAUUUCACCUCAUCUCAGUCCUAUAUGGCCUUCCCUGUAUCCUUAGACUGUGACGCCUCGUUCUGGAGUUCCCAGUCAUCAGGAACAUUCUUCCCAAGUUUAUCCUGCCUAGUUAGAUUUAUAUAGGUUUCAAUGAGAUUCCCCCUUCAUUCUUUGAAACUCCAGUGAAUAGAGUCCUAAACAAUCUAGUCUCUCUUCAUAGGUCAGUACUGCCAUCUCUGGAAUCAGUCUAGUAAUCCUUUAUUGCACUCCCUGUAUUGACAGAACAUCAUUCCUCAGAUAAGGAAAUCAAAAUUGGAUAACAUUCUAGGUGUGGUCUUACCAAAGCCCUGUAUAAUUGCAGCAAGACAUCCCUGCUCCUGUGCUCAAAAAAUCCUCUCAUAUGAAGGCCAAUAUUCUGCAUGUUGACUUUCAAUGACUGGUGUAUAAGGACACCAAGGUCUUAUUGCACCUCCCCCUUUCCCAACCAAUCACCAUUCAGCCUGCAUUCCUGUUUUUGCACUAAAGUGGAUAACCUCACACUUGCCCACAUUAUUCUCCAUCUGCCGGCUCACUCAGCCUGUCCAAAUCACAUGGCAGCGUCUCUGCAAUAAGAGAUAACAAGGUGUAGAGCUGGAUGAACACAGCAGGCCAAGCAGCAUCAUAGGAGCAGGAAGGCUGACGUUUCGGGCCUGGACCUUUCUUGCAUCCUGCUCGUAGUUGGUGUGGGAGCUGUGCGUACCACCGCACAGUUAUAGAAUCAUAGAGCCGCACAGCACAGAAGCAGAGCCUUUUGGUCCAACUCGUCUAUGCUGACCACACAUUCUGGUCCCAUUUGCUUCUGCCAACCUCUUUGCUUUUGCCAUUCCAACAGUGCUGUCUGCAUUUGCCAACCCCCAGAAAUUCAGACUUCGCUUUCAGUAGGUGACUGAAAGCAUGGUCAAAGAGGUAAAGAUUAAGGGAGGGCUUCCCAAAAUUUUUUUUAAAAGUUUUUUUUUAAAUUGACUAUAUGAAAAAACACAUGACAAUUGUUCAAAAUGCCUGGGAGAACCCAAUUGUACUGGUGGAAGGGUCAUAACAGGAGCACUCUCUUCCACUUUCAGCCACCAGAGAGCAGUGCUGUUCCAUGUGCUGUAUCACGGAUCAUUAGCGAUCUUUUAAAGAGACUUUUUCAAGCAGAGAGAAAGGGCGACACCUCAGCCACUGCACAUCCUUCAGGAGUAUCUGGAAUUCUAUUUGAAAGCUAAGGACAUUCUGAGAACACUCGACUUUUUAGCUUUUUAAAGAGACGCAAGUUCCUUUUGAGAAAUUAGCAGAUGGAGCACAUUAAAGAGGUCCCAUUACCAUAGCCACAGUAAACAAUCAAGAUAUCAUUUCCCUUAAAGUUAAUUGUUCACAAACAGAACACACAAAUGGGAUUUCCUCAUUUUCUCCCAAUGGCUGAUUUGCUCUCAGACUUCAGGGGCCAGUCUUCAUGCAUCAACUUCAAGAGAGUUGCGAACCUGAAGUUUCUGGCAUUUUCUCUCUUUUCAAAGUCAUCAUAUUUCUUUGCAGUUUCUUCCUGAUUGGACCCAUUAGCAGCAUCAGAUGGCCAUUACACCCAGUCAAUAAUAAACAUUUGCACUGCUGGUCAGGAUGCAGGUGGUGAGUACCAGAACGAGAGGAUGAAACAGUACUUACACAAAAACCGUGCCUCACACCAUCCCUUACCCGCUCAUUACUAACUUCACCACCACUUUUGGAAUAGCAGUAACUCCCUCAUCACUUACUUGAAGUUAGUGUGCCAUUGCAAACGUACCAACUUUGAGAGGCUUGCAUUUUGGUAGGACAAAUCAGCGCAGGACAUACACACUUUAACGGUAAGGUCCCAGGGAGUGUUGCUGAACAAAGAGAUCUAGGGGCGCUCGUUUAUGGUUCCUUCCAGGUGCAGUUGCAGAUAGACAGGGUAGUGAAGGCAGCAUUUGAUACGGUUGCCUUUGUUGGUCAGUGCAUUCAGUAUGGGAGCUGGGAGGUCACGUCGUGGCAGUGCAGGACCACGAUUCGGCCACUUUUGGAAUGUUGUGUGCAAUUCUGGUCUCCCUCCUAUAGGAAGGAUUUUGUGAAACUAUUUCAGUCCAGUGUUUCUUUAAAGUGAUGUGUAAACAAAGCAAGGGUGAUAUAAGAGGGAACUUUUUCACAUAACCAAAGCUCGGUUAGCUCAGUUGGCUGGACAACUGCUUUGUAAUGCAGUGACAUCAACAGCGUGGGUUCGUAUUCCCACACUGGCUGAGGUUACCCUGAAGGGCUCUCCUUCUCAACCUCUCCCCUUACCUGAGGCAUGGUGACCCUCAGGUUGAACUGGCAGCAAUCAUCUCUCUCUAACAGAAGAGCAGCCCUAUGGCCUGCUAAGACUGUGUUGGUAUUCGCCUGGGCUUCGAA